CCUGGAAAUAUUCUUGACCUCACUUGGUGCUUACGGCAUACUCUACGCUUCGGUAUUCAUUCAUCGUCUACAGCGCAAUGAGCGCCCUCCGGACUCCAAUAACGCGAACUAUCCUCUCCUCGAUCUCUUCAUGUCGCACGAGGCCACUUCUACCACUCCAAUCAUUCUCUACGACGGCAACCGGUUCAAUCGAGGGCAGAGGCAGAGAUAAUAAAUUCGAUGAUCUUAUUAGUGAACAGUCUCGCAAAGACCCUCCGCGGAAAGGAGGAGUAGAUCUAGUGGACAAUUAUCUGUCGGAGGGAGCUCGUCAAGACACCUUGGCUAAACAGCUUCGUGAAAAUGAAACUAUUCGCAACACAGAUCCUGAAGGUCACCAGAAAAGACAAAAUGAAUUACUGGGCAUGUUAAGAGGGAUGGACGUUACCCAGAGCCUGGUUGGCGAGCAGCCUGCUCACUGUCUGCACAUCUAUAGCCAUAAACACAACACGCACAUUACUUUGACGGAUCCGAAGCACGAAGCGAUCAUCAAUGUGAGCACCGGCAACUUGGGAUUUAGGAAGUCUGGUCGGAAAACGUUCGACGCAGGAUACCAGCUGGCUGCGUUCGUAUUGAACAAGAUUGCAGGGAAUAAUUCGCUCCGUGAGAAUAUGAAACAAGUCCAUCUAUCCUUCAGAGGAUUUGGUCAAGGUCGAGAGGGAGCCACGAAGGCGAUAGUGGGAACAGAAGGUAUGGUUAUAAGGAAUAAGGUCAGGAAAGUGACUGAUGUCACACCUAUUGCCCAUGGAGGUCCAAGAGGUUCAAAGCCAAGGAGGCUGGGCUGAGUCCUUUACGAGCAUCUUUCGGUGCGCCAUGCCAUUGUCGACGUAUGCUACUGACGCGUGUACUUUACAUUAUCACGAGCUCGAAAGCUCAUGUACAUAACAUAGAAGCCACUCGAGGGCGUUUUAAUGAAGGUGUUUGCAGCUCCCUAAUACUGAAGGAGCCGCGGCCAGUCAACAUAGAUUACAAAG